GAUGGCGUCCUUGGAUCGAGUGAAGGUACUGGUAUUGGGAGACUCAGGUGUUGGAAAAUCUUCACUGGUUCAUCUUCUGUGUCAAAAUCAAGUCCUGGGAAAUCCGUCAUGGACUGUGGGCUGCUCAGUAGAUGUCAGAGUUCAUGACUACAAAGAAGGAACCCCAGAAGAGAAGACCUACUAUAUAGAAUUAUGGGAUGUUGGAGGCUCUGUGGGCAGUGCCAGCAGUGUGAAAAGCACAAGAGCAGUGUUCUACAACUCUGUAAACGGUAUUAUUUUAGUACAUGACUUAACAAAUAAGAAGUCAUCCCAAAACUUGUAUCGUUGGUCAUUGGAAGCUCUCAACAGGGAUUUGGUGCCAACUGGAGUAUUGGUAACAAAUGGGGAUUAUGACCGGGAACAGUUUGCUGAUAACCAGAUCCCACUGUUGGUAAUAGGGACUAAACUGGAUCAGAUUCAUGAAACCAAGCGCCAUGAAGUUUUAACUAGAACUGCUUUCCUGGCUGAAGAUUUCAAUGCAGAAGAAAUUAAUUUGGAUUGCACAAAUCCACGGUACUUAGCUGCAGGUUCUUCCAAUGCUGUCAAGCUCAGUAGGUUUUUUGAUAAGGUCAUAGAGAAGAGAUACUUUCUAAGAGAAGGUAAUCAGAUGACAUUAUCACCAAUUUGUUGGCAAAUAUUUUCCAUUUUGAUUCCAGGCUUUCCUGAUCGGAAGAGGUUUGGGGGAGGAACAUUAAAGAGCCUUCAUUAUGACUGAAUUACACUCAUCGUCUGGAAGAGUGAGCAAGCGGUGGCAUUGUGCACAGCUUCCUUCUUGCCGUGUUGACUAUUAAUGUUUCAGCCUUUUCGCAGAAUCAUCUUAAAAUACCUCCACCCUUCAGCCUCACCCUUUAAUGGAAAGCUGAAAGGAAGUGACUGUGUGGGAGGUCCAAACUUUGUCCCCGUCCUCUCUGUUCCUCACCUUUCUGUCCCUGUUUAUAGAUUAUGUAAAAGCCUUGUGGAAAUAUGAGAUGUUGUCAAAAUGAUGCAGUAAAUGAGCAAUGACAGAGUGCUGCGGAGAAAAUUUACUCUUCCCAGAACUGGAAGGUUUUUAUGGAUCUGUAAUUUUCCCACACUCCUUGCUGGAGGCUUAAUUAAGUACUUCAAAAUGUAUCUGUGUUGUAUUACCCUCUUGAGGGGAAAGGUUAUGUUAGCCAGCCCUGGGUCGUGCACCCCAGUCUCUGUCAUUUUCAAAGAAGCAAAAGGGUGUUAUUUAAUUGUGUCCCCUCUCAUCACACACAAGGAUGCCUAAGAAUAGCAGCCCUUGUUUCCCUCUCCUCUCCUUUGCAAGAGGUUCAGUGGCUAGAAGAGGCGGACUCCUAGGUAGAGUUAAAUAUAAAUAGAUUAAUAAUACAUAGAGAACAGCGGUACCAGAAAAGAAGACUUCUCCGAGAAAUGGAGAGCUCACUAAAUCCUUCACUCUAGGUUCCAGAUGUCUGCACUGUCUUACUGUUUUUCAUUUGGAAAUAGGUAGGGUGAGAUCUCAGACCUUCACGAGGGCAGCAAGAGAGAUUUAUAGCCUCUUGGGUUUCUGUGUUUUUUAAGGAAAAGUCAGCUCCUGAAAUGUCUCUUAACUGUAGUCAGUAAACUAAGAAUAUUAUUCUCUGUGUCAACAAUGUAUUUAUGGAGAGAAGUAAAAAUAAGUUCCACAGCAACACAUUUACAUGAAUUAUGGACUAGGAUUCUUAGAUUUCAUAAUCCACCGUUUUUGAGGGUGGUGGUGUAUGUGUGCGUAUGCAUAAUUGUUCAUCGUUACUUUUUUUACCCAUUUUUUCUGCUUGUUUAAUUCUCUCUGCCCUGGUUCUUCUUUAAUAUAGAGACCUCGUUUCCAAAAACUGCAAUUUGCUGCCUUAUUCAACACCCAUUUUCCUGCUCUGGCUCUGCGGCAGGUCUUUGCACUGCUGAUUUUGUUCCAUAUUAAAAAAAAACUAAUAAGCACACAAUUUCAGCUUCUCAUUUUAAAACUAGGCAAAAAACACUAAAUUCGCUUUCUCUUCCAUGUUAAUUACAUUUCAGAAGUACUUUGGAAAUCAAGGUAUGCUAAAAGAGGAUCUUAGAAUAAGAAUGUUAGCCAAUGCUUUUAGAAAGGCAGUUGGAGGAAUUUGGAAAAGGAUUUUUAAAGCACCUUUCAUCAGCUAGAAUAUUUUCCAGUCUUUCUUCCCAUCCUCAGCCACAAGACUUAGCCCUCAUUUCUUUUUUCACACAAAGGAGAGCUAUGCAAAUCAGGCUCUGUAUGUGGAGUUUGGCACAAGCCUGUUGUGACAGGCUGUGCAGGUAGGAAGCAGAAAGCAAAUGCACACACAAGGACCUGAACCAACUAAAGCUCUUUGUAUUCCUCUUUUAGAAAAUAAAUGCAAAAAAAUUAUACUUACAUUAUGAAAAAAUAAAAUACAACAAUACAAAAGCAAAAAUUAAUAUAUAACCCUUUCCUUCUCUCCCGCUUUCUUCCUCUUUCUUGCCCUUAAUUAAAAAAAUCUAUCUCAAUUUCUUUAUUUUCUCCCUUAUUAAAAAAUAAAAGUAACCCAUCACUGAUGGCUUCAGGGUCAGCCUUGAAAACUUAACAGUACUCCUCAACUCCAUUUCUUCUUGCUGUCAGGCUUGACUCCCUGGAUUAUAGUUUUCUGAGAAAAAAUUAUUUUUAAUCUAAGGUAAAUUUGCUGCAAGUAUUAGUAGCAGCAAAACAAGGCUGUUUGCCAAAAUGAAUGUAAUUAUGUUAUUAGCCAAAGUUCUUCAAAAAGAAGCAUAAUUUUUGCUAAGAUUUCCUGAGACCUGCUCAUCAAAAUUGCUUUUGGAUAAUGAACAAAUGUAAAUACUGAAAUACUUCCUGAAAAGUGUUAAUUAAAUCUUUAAUUUUCUUGAUGGAACAAGUGACUGGCAAUAGAGAAAGAUUUUUUUUUUCCUGUUGUGAUUCAGAUGUCUAACCAAUGUUGUUAUUUAUGGUGGAGGCAACCAGACGUGAAGGCAUAUGGUCACUCGUCUGUCCCUCAGAGGGUGGCAGGGCCCUUCGUUGGAAUCCAACUAAAGAUUUGGAUUGGCCUCUCCACGUCUGUGCUCUGAAAAGAAUUGCUGCUCCCAAAGGGGUCGAUCCAUAUCAGCUUUAUCUUGGGUUCUCAGAAGUCCCUAAACUUGAGGCAUCUAUGGCGGACUCCAAGUGCCUUGACCCUGCCGUUUAUCUGUCCAUUCUGAAAAUGGACUAUGUGGAACUGAUGUGCUGGGCCAUCAGACUGAGAUGAAGAGCUCCUAAUUGCUGCCAUGACCAGAGCUUUCGAGUGGCCAUUUCAACAGUGUAUGCCAGAGCACCCAGCCUAGGGAGGACCUUCUAUGGGUUUUUAAUAAAUGUUGGUUUAAUUGAAAUUUUUAAAG